CAACUCUCAUAGGAAUGAAUGAGGCCCCGCCUCCCACGCUGUAUCCAGUUCUUAUUAUACAUCCAUGCAAGCACACAGCUGACGGUAAACGGGACGGUAUGGACCGGGGAGGCGACGGCCGUCAAACUAAUAUAUACCAUUGUAUUAUCACCCUGAAGUGAAAUAAGUAUUUGAUACUGGACAGUUUUUGUUUUAUUCUUAUCUAAAACAUUAUUAUUCUUAUCGGAAAAUAUUUCCCCAACAAGAGCCUCAGUUAGCAUCAUGGAGGGCGUACAGCGGUAUCUGGAGAAUGUAGAGCCCCGGACAGCGGCUCUAUUUACGUCUGCAGCCUGCAUGAUAGGGACCGUGGUGGUGCUGCUGCAGAAAGGCUACACUCAACGGGAGGCAAAGGCUAAGAUCCAGAAGGCACAUAACCGGAGGACCGACAGCCUGCAGCGGGCUGAGCAUGCGGUGCUGCAGUACAACAAGUCGCAUCCAGAGACCGACUCCGCUCUCAUCCUGACGCUGUCUCUCUCUGAGCUGACAAAGAAACUGCAGGAAGGCUCGCUCAACCCUGAGGAGGUGUUUUACUCUUACAUGGAAAAGACUCUGGAUUUGAAUAAAGAUCUGAACUGCUGCACUGGGAUCCUGUUGGAGAGUUUCGAUCAGAUGAAAACUCUUGACUCUAACAGGAAAGGUCUCUUGUAUGGAGUCCCAGUUAGCAUCAAAGAAAACUAUGGAUACAAGAAUUCCGAAUCUUCUUGUGGUGUUGUCAUUAAUCUGGACCACCCUGCCAAGAAAGACAGCGUUCUUGUUGAAGUUCUGAAGAAACAAGGGGCUAUUCCUUUUGUGAAAACAAACAUACCCCAAGCCCUACUAAAUUAUGAAUGCAGUAACCCUAUCUUUGGGCAGACCUUGAACCCGCACAACCCCCUGAAGACCAGCGGAGGAUCCUCCGGCGGGGAGGGGGCUCUCAUCGGGGGAGGGGGCUCCCUGCUGGGGAUGGGCAGUGAUAUAGGGGGUAGCAUCCGUUUACCCGCCUCCUUCUGUGGGAUCUGUGGCUUCAAGCCAACUCCAGGUCGACUCAGUACACAGGGUUUGAGCUCCAUUUAUCGAGGGCAAAAAUCAAUGCCGUCUUGUGCUGGACCCAUGGCGAGGGAUGUGGACAGUCUGGCUCUGUGUAUGCAGGCGCUGCUGUGUGACCACAUGUUCUCUUUGGACCCCACUGUCCCACCCGUGCCUUUUAAUGUGCAGAUUUACCAGAGCUCCAAACGUCUCCGGAUCGGUUACCAAGAAAGCGACGGCUACACACAACCGUCUCCAAGCAUGGCCCGCAGCGUCAGAGAGGUCAAAGCUCUGUUAGAGGCAGCAGGGCACACGUUGGUGCCCUACCGUCAUCUGAAUCUGGAAUACGUUCUAGCUGAACUGGUUGUAAAAGGUAUUCUGGCAGACGGAGCCACCACUCUGCUCCAAAAACUAGAGGGCAGCCCUGUGGACCCUUCUCUCAGAGCACAGAUUGUACCGUACACUCUUCCUAUAUGGUUGAAGAAAACCCUCUCAUUUCUGCUCAAGCCCUUUUCUACUCGGGCUUCCGUUGUUCUAGGAGGUCUCUGUGGAGUUGGAUCCAUUCAAGAUCUGUGGAAGCAGCAUGCUGCAGUUGAGGACUACAUUCAGGAAACGAUAGCAGAGUGGAGGAAAUGCAACAUAGACGCUCUGCUGUGCCCUGUGACCGGACCGGCCUACAACCACCUCUUCUGCGGCAAGCUCACCAGCGCUGUGUCUUACACGCUGAUUUUCAAUCUCCUACAAUUUCCUGCCGGAGUUGUUCCUGUUUCCACUGUGACGGCAGAGGAUGAGGAGGAACUGAAGCACUAUAAAGGCGUUUAUCAGGAUCAGUGGGACAAGCUCUUCAAACAGGCUGUGUGUGGAGGCGAGGGUCUGCCCGUGGGGGUGCAGUGCGUCACUCUGCCGUGGCAGGACGAGCUGUGCCUGCGCCUCAUGAAGGAGGUGGAGCAGCUGGUCAAACAGAGCAAAGCGUAAAGGAGGACACAGAAGAAGUAUGAGGAAAAACACAAUCAAUGUUUGGGAGAAGGAAGUGCUUUAAUAUUAGGAGUUUCACUGUUCUGCUAUAUAAGGAUUAACUCAGGCAUUUUCUGCUCAUUGGCUUUUUUAGAUCCAUAAUUAAGAUUUGAUAAAUGUUAAAGGGAAUAUUCAUGUUUACUGAUUUGAAAACGGUACACCUUCUUUGUUUAUCUGUUCGUUAACAUUGUUUUAAUUUGUCUUGCACUACUAAAACAUGAACUUAGCUUUUACUGCUUUUAAAUGUGGGUUUUCUCCAGAAGUUUUUCCUUGUACGAUGUGAGGGUCUAAGGACAGAGGGUGUCGUAUUGUCAUACUGAUAUUCUGUACAAACUGUGAAGUCCACUGAGACAAAUGUAACAUUUGUGAUAUUGGGCUAUAAACAUUGAUUGAUUGAAAUGAACAGUGUUACUGACAUUGACAGGCUUGAUUAUAGGGUGUUUCGGCAAAAUUCAGCAUCCUGAACAUUGAACAUGAAACAGUGUUUUUUCAGUUGGCAUAAUGUUUAACAUAAUAUCGCAUGAGAAUGAAAUACAUGCUGGAAAAUAAAUUGACCUCACAACAGCGUUAUGCAAACAGUGCAUAGCAACCACACACACAACGUUUUGUGAGUUAGGGUUUAUAAUGAAUAAUGUUGGCACCUAAUUCAUACAGUAUGUGUCUUUUUUACAAGAACUGACAGAUUUCUGUGAUGUGAUGACAAAAAAUACAAUAAAAUGACUGAUUUAUCACAAGUAAA